UAUUCUUUAUUCCUUUUCAUAAUUUUACGUAUUAUUCUUCACAUCAUAUUUCGUCUAUGUUGAAUUUUUUUCAGUGCAAGUGUCUGUCUUUGCUGUAUCGCCAUCGAAUUGAUUUAGGCAGUGAAAAUUUUUUCAGAUAAUUUUCCUCCGCACAAACUCCAUUAGUACGUAAUUUAAAAUAGACCAAUUUUAAGUGAAUAAUCAUAAUUCAAAUUUUGCUGUGUAAUAAAAUAAAAAAUUCGAUAAGAUGUCCGAGUACUGGCUCAUCUCUGCACCUGGCGAUAAGACCUGCCAGCAAACAUUCGAUACCAUGAAUAGUUUAACUAAUAAACAAAAUAAUUUGUGCAAUAACUUCAAAUUUCAUAUACCCGAUCUUAAGGUUGGUACCUUAGAUCAACUUGUCGGUUUAUCCGAUGAUUUGGGUAAGUUGGAUAGUUACGUUGAACAAAUUACGCGUAAAGUAGCUGCCUACUUGGGAGAAGUGCUGGAGGAUCAACGCGAUAAAUUGCAUGAGAAUUUACUCGCCAAUAACAUUCCAGACCCUCCUGAUGAAAAUAUAAAUUCCCAUGCUGAAUUGACUGGCAAAGCAUCGAAUUUAUCAAAUAGUCGUGAUACAACUACAACAACCUGUUCAACAUGUCACUCAGGAGCGAGUCUAAUUAACUUUUCCUCCAAUGAUGAGUCCGAUCGUGAAUUUGAUCUAUUAUCUUCACCUGCAUGCUGCAUUUGUGAUGAUUGUGCGCCUGGUACGAGUACAAGUGCGAGUGCCAGUGCCAGUGCCAGUGCAACAGCAACAACACUUCUUGUUGAUGAAUGUUAUUCCCAUACUUCCUCCGCAUUAAAUGCACCCUGCACUUUAUCUGUCGAUGUUGUGCCCCAUGUAGCAGCUGAUAACAGUAACUCCUAUUGUUCAACGUCUGCACCCUCAACUGGUAUUAUAAAUGCGCUUCGUUCUAGUUGCAAAAUAAACUUAAAGUCCAACUCCAAUAAUAAUAACACAUGUAACAUUAACAAUAAUAGACUGGGUUUAAACACAAAUAGUAACGUGAGUCAUGUUCACUAUUCCAAUGAGGAUAGUGGUGCCAGUGCGAGUAGUAGUCAACUAAAAAGCAGCAACAGUACAUCAGAUAUUAGUGAUACGUUCGAUUGGUGGUUUCAUAAGCCUAAACGAAAUUCCAAGAAAAGCAGCAAUCGCUCAUCAUUCCGUCAAUUAAAUAAAAACAAUGGAUUAAAUUUCACUACAACUCAUAGAUCGUCUCCAGUAAGUAGUUGUUGUGGCAAUAGUAGUCAAGGACGUUCCAGUCCGGAUACAGAUAUGGGUGAACCGCCAACGUUUCCAUUGAGUCCAGCCGAUUUAUCGGUGUAUAUAACCCGCUUCCAAUGGGAUAUGGCCAAAUAUCCAAUCAAACAAUCACUGCGCAACAUAGCUGAUAUAAUUUCGAAACAAAUCGGACAAAUCGAUGCCGAUUUGAAAACGAAGUCGGGCGCCUAUAACAAUCUAAAGGGCAGUCUACAAAACCUAGAAAAGAAACAAACCGGCAGUUUGUUAACACGUAAUCUAGCGGAUUUGGUGAAAAAGGAACAUUUCGUCCUUGAUUCGGAAUACUUGUCAACGUUGCUAGUGAUUGUGCCAAAAAUUAUGGCUAAUGAGUGGUUGUCUAAUUAUGAAAAAAUUACUGAUAUGAUUGUGCCUCGUUCCUCGUCGAUGAUCACCCAAGAUAACGACUAUUGUCUUUUUAAUGUAACCCUCUUCAAGAAGGUUGUAGAGGAGUUCAAGUUACAUGCGCGUGAAAAGAAAUUCAUUGUACGGGACUUCGUCUACAAUGAAGAAGAGUUGGCAGCUGGCAAAAAUGAAAUGACCAAAUUGAUAACUGAUAAGAAGAAGCAAUUUGGUCCACUUGUAAGAUGGUUAAAAGUGAACUUCAGCGAAGCUUUCUGCGCAUUGGUGCACGUUAAAGCGUUGCGUGUCUUUGUCGAAUCUGUUUUGAGAUACGGCCUACCUGUCAAUUUUCAAGCUAUUCUCAUUGAGCCAAAUAAGAAGAGUGUGAAACGUUUACGAGAUGUUCUAAACCAAUUAUAUGGUCAUUUAGAUGGUGCUUCAGCUGGUGGUCAAGUCGGCAAUGCUGAUAAUGUCGAUAUACCUGGAUUGGGAUUCGGGCAGUCAGAUUAUUAUCCUUAUGUAUUCUAUAAACUCAACAUUGAUAUGGUGGAAACAUCAAAAAUCUAAAUCGUUUAAUUAUUAAACCACAGCAGUGUUAAUCGAAAGAAAAGCUUAAACAGUUUUGAGUAAAUAAACAAUUGCCAUGGUCCCGUUGCAAUAAAAUGACUAUGGUUUCCUUAAUUCAGUACAACUUGUAUUUGCAUUCAUCGAGAAUUAACUAAUCUAAUCUUAACUAAAAAUCUAAUGUUAUUUCCAAAUUCAUAUAAAUAUGUAAUAAUCCUAGGCUUAAUUAUUUCACGUACAAUAAUUGGCAAUAUUUUACAGUUUACAGUUGAAAUAUAUUUUUAUUGUUAUUUCGUUUUUUAAA